AUGGUUAGCGUCCGCAACGUUCUCGUUUGUGCCUCCAUGGCCCUAGUGGCCACUGUGAGCGCAUUCCCGGCAGACGGCCACCACCGUACUCUACAGGCCGUGAACUUUCGACAGGAAAUGCUGGACAACAUUAACGCAGCCCGAAAGAAGGAAGGGUUGGAUGAGUUGUGUCUUAACGAAAUGCUCAUGGACGCGGCACAAAUCCAGUCGAAUGACAUGGCCGACAACAACUUCAUCAAGAGCACGGGGUCGGACGGAACGACGCCGAAGGAACGUGCAGCGGCACAGGGUUUCAAGGCCGAAGCGGUGACGGAAAUCGUGGGUGCCGGGUACAGAACGGUGGCGAGUGUUGUCGCCGCGUGGACCAAGGCUUCGACUGCCAAGAGCACCAUCUUCGGCAAGGUGAAUGUUAUGGGCCCUGGCUACACGUUCGACAAGACCAGGAAGUACGUGCACUUUUGGGCGGUGGACUUUUCUACGGGCGAAUGCGGCAAUGGAACCGCGUCCGGUGGACCUGCAACAAGUGGAGACGCCAGUGGAAGCGUCGAACUCCCUGAUGCCGACACUCCUGCCCGGAUCGGGUGA